AUGGCUUCCCAGCACAACAACUCCUUUGAACCCCAGUCACCAGAAAGUGGCCUUGUAUUAGACAACAGGAACUUCAUUCCAAGCCAGGACACUUCUCUACAGUGGGAAGAAGAUAUCUGUAACUCCUCAACUGCUCAGCUCAACUUUCCCACAAAUGACAAUGGUUCCCGGGCAAAGCAUGAGCUGCAAGCAAUCUUGAAGUCAUUUACCUCCUGGUUGAAGCCAGAAAAGCAUAGCAAAGAGGAGAUGAUUUCUCAGCUGGUCUUGGCUCAGUUUCUCAAAACUGGGCACUACAAGGACAAGUCUAUCUUGAAAGAGAAGUGGGACUCAAAUGGCAGAAACAUGGGGAGAUUCAUGGAGAGUCUGACUGAUGAGUGCUUGAAGCCUCCUGUCAUGGUUCACGUCUCCAUGCAGGGGCAGGAAGCCCUCUUUUCUAAGAAUAUGUCCUUAGAAGAAACCUUCAACCUUCUGAAAGGGCAGCAAUCAGCAAGAAGUUCAAUACAAGAGAGUGCAAGGACACCCUUGCCAAUCCCCCAAGACAUGUUAUUGACAACAGGACAUGAAGACUGGGAAGAUGGCCAAAACAAUGGCUGGAGCACUAGUGAUGUAAAUGAUGGGGAUAGUCGUCCUGGAAAUGAGAUGGACUCCCUUUCCCUUAUCCAACAAGUUCAGUUUAAUGAACCUAAAGACAGAAGAGUUUCUGAUGGAAAUCCUCUGGAUUUAAGCAGAACAAAUGUCCCUAUGGAGGUACAACCAGAGAUGAUCUCCAGUCCAGAGCAGACAGAAGCCUGCCAGAAUCAUGAUGCAAGCUCCACACGUGGGGGUCGCCAAAAGAGACCCCUCAGAGACCCAAAGACAUUCAAAUGUGAGCAAUGUCCCAGAACCUUUAAAUAUCCCAGUAGACUUGCCGCCCACCAGAGAAUACACAAGAAGCAAAAGUCAUUUGUCUGUAAAACAUGUCAUAAGGGCUUUUAUACUCGCUCAGACCUGAGAGUACAUAAGGUCAUACACCAGGAAAAUAAACCUUUCGAAUGUAGUACUUGUGGAAAGUCUUUCAGCAAUCAAACCAAUCUGAAAGCUCAUGAGAGGAUUCACACAGGAGAGAAGCCCUACACCUGCUCCUUGUGUAACCGUAGCUUCCGCCAGUCAUCCACAUACCACCGUCACCGGAGGAAUUGCCACAAAGCAGACUGA